UCCUCGGCUGAGUCGACAGGCCUGGAAACAUGAAGGCAGCAACCACAAUGACGAUGAAGGGGGUGAUGGUUUUGAUCCUGAUGCUCCAAAACAGCUGCUGCUUUGAGUUCGUCAUAGAUGGAGAUGCUUCGGACGGACGAGAUCACAACAUGAGACAUUUGAGGGCGUUGCUGACCAGCGAGGAGCAGGAGGACUUUGAGGCUAUCCGAGGUGAUGACAUCACCGUCAAGAGCUACAAGGUGGAGAGCCGCAUCACGUCGCGCUUCGCCCACACGACCGUCAAAAACUCAGUGAUUAACUCAGGCGCCAGUGCCCAAAGCAUCGGCUUCAACGUCCAAAUCCCCAAACGAGCUUUCAUCACCAACUUCACCAUGAACGUCAACGGGAUCAUAUUUGUUGGCUCAGUGAAGGAGAAGACUGUGGCCAGAAAUCUGUACACCCAGGCUAGAGCCAGGGGCAAAGCAGCAGCCAUCGUCAGGACUAAUUCUCAGGACAUGGAGACCUUUACGACAGAGGUCCACGUUCCGCCCGGCAGCCACAUAGACUUUGAGCUGCACUACCAGGAGAUGAUGCAGAGGAGGUUCAGUACCUACGAGCACACCCUCUACCUGCAGCCUGGGAGGGUGGUGCCGCACUUCCAGGUGGACAUCUACAUCUAUGAACCCAAUGGAAUCGCCAUGGUGGAAACACCCAACACUUUGGGGGACCAGUUUUCAGGCCUGAUCAAAGUAACCUCCUCCAAAGACAAGGCUCAUGUGGUCUUCAGGCCGAGUGUGAUGCAACAGAAGAAAUGUCCCAACUGCAGCAGCAGCGCCAUCGAUGGCAGCCUGACUGUCAGAUAUGAUGUCACCAGAGAGAACAGUGCCGGAGAGCUGCAGGUCUCUGAUGGACACUUUGUUCAUUUCUUCGCCCCGUCCAACCUUUCACCUCUCUCUAAAAACAUUGUGUUUGUCAUCGACGUCAGCGGCUCCAUGUGGGGGGUCAAGAUGAAGCAGACGGUGGAGGCCAUGCAGGCUAUUUUGGGCGAUCUGACCAUCGACGACUACUUCAGCAUCAUCGACUUCAACCACAACGUGCGCUGCUGGAGGGAGGAGCUGGUCCCCGGAUCCUCCGUCCAGAUCGAAGAUGCCAAGCAGUACAUCCAGCGCAUCAAACCCAGUGGAGGCACCAACAUCAACGAGGCGCUGCUGAGAGCCGUACAGAUGCUGGUGACAGCGUCGGCUCAGGGCCUCAUCGACCCGCGGUCCGUCUCUAUGAUCAUUCUGAUUUCUGAUGGAGACCCCACUGUGGGAGAGAUCAAACUGAGCACCAUCCAGAAGAACGUGAAGCGGGCCAUGAGGGAGGAGUUUUCUCUCUUCUCGCUCGGCAUUGGCUUUGAUGUAGACUACGACUUCCUGGAACGUAUCGCCAUGGAUAACAGAGGCAUGGCACAGCGCAUCUUUGCCAACCAUGGCGCCGCGGAGCAGCUACGGGCAUUUUACAGCCAGGUCUCCACCCCUCUGUUGAGGAGGAUCAGCGUCCAGUUCCCGGAGGACACGGUGUCCGACGUCACCCAGAACACCUUUGAUAAAUACUUCAGCGGCUCUGAGCUGGUGGUGGCAGGAAAAGUUCUGCCCUCAGAAAGCAACAGUCUGAGCAGCUUCACCACGGCGUCGGCUGCCCGUCUGGACGUCACCUUGGAGAUGGAGACAGACACCACAAAGCUGGACACAGAGCUUGCCAAGCAGGAGCACUCGUUCACAGGCUUCGCCCGACAGCUUUGGGCGUACAUCACUAUCAAACAGCUGAUCGCUGAAAGGUCUUUGGCGCCUACAGCUGCCAAGAAGAGGAAGAUCACCCAGCGGAUCUUGACACUGGCCAUGGAGCAUCAGUUCGUCACGCCGCUCACUGCUCUGCUGGUCGAGAGUGAAGACGCCAAAGAGAGACUGCUGGCUGACUCACCCAAGGACCCCAGACAUGGCUGCUGCCCAGGAGGUGGACCUGCGCAGCGUGCUGUUCCCCGGGUUAUGAAUGUCUACCCGCAUCCGCCCUGGGUCCAGGUGACCACUCCAGCCCCGCCGAGCCAGGCGGCGAAGGGACCGGAGGAGUGGACUAUAUCUAAACACGUCAACCUGGUGGACAAUGAUCCUCACUUCAUCAUCCACUUGCCCCAAAGCCACAUGGACAUCUGCUUCAACAUUGACUCCAAACCUGGUGACAUCCUCAACCUGGUGUCAGACCCCGGAACAGGUCUGGUGGUGAACGGUCAGCUAAUCGGCUCCAAGCAGAUGGACAGAAACAAACUACGCACCUACUUUGGCACCAUCUCAGUUUACUACCAGCCCGACGGAUUCAGUGUUACUGUGAGCACCGACAGCAUCUUCAUAGCUGACGGCAGGAACAACCACUCCUUCACCUGGAGCGCCACUGCUCAGCUCGCACAGGAUCGGAUGAGGAUUAACAUUGUGAAGAACUCCCACGUCAUGCUCACAGUCAACGACGUCAUUCAGGUGAAGGUGCUGCUUCACCGUGUGUGGAAGAAACAUCCCAUCAAUGUAGACUUCCUCGGCAUCUACAUUCCCACUGACAACCAGUACUCCAGCCUGGUCCACGGGCUCAUCGGUCAGUUUUCCACCGAGCCCGAGGUCACCGUCUACGACAUCCACGACGGACUCGACCCGCUGAAGAAGGAAGCCACCAUGGAAGUGAAGGGCAGCAAGCUGCAUGUCACCAGGGGUUGGCAGAAGGACUACAGGCAGGAUAAGAGGCGUGGCUCAGACGUCUACUGCUGGUUCAUACACAACAGCGGGAAGGGCUUCAUUGACGGCCGCUACGAUGACUACAUUGUGUCGCACCUCAACAGCUUCCUGAUGUGAGCAGCCAAUGGCAGAGCUCGCAGUGAUCAGAGACG